CGCGGUUGCUUAGUUCUUGCCAAGAUGAAGUACUCUCUGGGUUUGCUAGUGCUCUUUGUGGGCGCCACUCUUGUGGCUGCCGAUCAGGAUUACGAGGGUUACCGCAUCUAUGAGGUGAUUCCCUCGAGUGCCGACCAGGCUCACCUGCUGCAUCAACUCAGUCUGCAGGGAUACGAUUUCAUCAGCGAAACUCGUCUGUUGGGGCAUCCGUCCCGUGUGAUUGUGAGUCCCGGCCAGCUGGAACAGUUCGAGCGUUUGGUUGAGGCAGAGAAUAUGACGCACAAUCUGGUGAACUCCAACCUGGGGGCUUCCAUUGCCGAGGAGUUUGCCCAGCGGCAAAUGCAGCGUCUUUUGGCGCCCAUCACGGGAAAGGGUCGUCUGAGCACGGAGCGAUACUACACGCACGAGGAGAUCAUCAACUAUAUCGAUGACCUGGCGCAGCGUUUCCCCAGCCGUGUGUUCGUUAAGACCGUUGGCUGGUCCUAUGAGAAGCGCGUCCUGAAAACCAUCACCAUCACCAAUGGCGAUGGCAAGGCUAACAAGAAAGUGAUCUUCAUGGAUGGCGGUUUCCAUGCAAGGGAAUGGAUCUCGCCAGCAGCCGUUCUCUACGUCAUCGAUCAACUGGUGGAGCAGUUCGAGGAGAACGCUCAUCUGCUGAAGGACUACGACUGGGUCAUCCUGCCCCUGGUCAAUGCCGAUGGCUAUGAGCACUCCCAGACCGGAACUCUGGCUCGAAUGUGGCGCAAAACCCGCCAGCCAUACACGUACGGUGGUCAAACCUGUUACGGAGCCGAUCCCAACCGGAAUUUUGACUUCCACUGGAACGAGGAGGGUGCCUCCUCGAACCCAUGUGCAGACACCUAUGCUGGACCAACGGCCUUCUCCGAACCGGAGACCAUUACCGUUCGGGAUCUGAUGCACUCACUGGCCGAUCGGGGUAUUAUGUACCUCACCAUCCACUCCUACGGCAACUAUCUGCUGUAUCCUUGGGGAUGGACUUCCGAUCUGCCGGAGAACUGGGAGGAUCUGGAUGCGGUUGCCCGCACUGGAGCUGAGGCUAUUCAGAACGCUACUGGUACGGAGUACACCUAUGGAUCGUCCACCAAUGUCCUGUAUAUUGCUGCCGGAGCCAGUGAUGAUUAUGGUUACUAUGCCGGCUUCAAUGUGUCCAUCACCAUGGAGUUGACAGGUGCCGGCAGCAUUGGAUUCAAUCCUCCGGUCACCCGCAUCGAUGAGUUCGUCACUGAAACCUGGAUUGGCAUCCGUGCCAUGGCCGAGAAAGUGAUCGAGAUGUACUAGAACAUGUGUUUGGUUUUCAAUAAAUUACCAUUUAUAUAUAGUGCUUA